AAGUUUACUGUCUUUAAAUGGCAGCUCCUGCGUUAAUGUAAGUUGGCUGCAUAUCUCAUUUUCUGUUUUAUUCAAAAAAAUAAAUUUCUAAACCGUCUGACAGCAUGUAGUCCAUGUUAGACCAAGCUUAGUUUUUGCAGUUUCUCUUUGUCAUACCAAGAUUUUUAUCUAUCCAUAUGUUUAUUUAUAUUUAAUUUCGUGUUUUAUUGACUUAAAUAGUCUAGACAGUACGUUUUUGAGUGAAACACUACAACUUGUAGUAUGACACGUUUGGUAUUAUCCAAUGAAGUCUGGUUUUACUGACUUCAGAUGUUACUUUGGUGUUCAGUCAGUUUCGAGCGUGUAUCAGUCUUUACUGACAAGCACAGGAAAUCAGCUGACCAAGUAUUUGAAAGUGUUUACCCACAGGGAUAGUAUCGCUUUGGGUGUAUUGCGCUGCCUGUUGACAAUAAGAUCUCACCCUUUGGUCAUGGUUUUGAAACAUUUUCGUAAUGGCCUCGGAGAUGACUAGCCUUCAAGAGCUGAUAAUAGUUAUGAGGUUAGGAUCUCAAAAUCAUAUUGCAUCCAAGAUCAUCUGAGUGGUUAAAAUAAACUGUCUGCUUCACUGCAAAUGUCCCUUAGUUUUUACUUAACACCAACCGGGAUGUCUGCACCACAUGAUGUAAUCCUAACCAGCAUUAAGUUUUGUGUAACUCAUCAAGAACAUAUUCCAUUACCGAUUGUAAGUCACACUUUUGUCUAUGGAAAUUAUUGACGUUGCUCGAUUCUCCAUAUCAAUAUAAAUAGAUGAACUAAGUCUUGAAUAUCAAAACACCAUAACAUUUCUUUUUUUUGUUGAGGUUUUAAUGUUUAGUAGAUAUAGUCGAUUCCUAAUUAAUUAAUAUAAUCCCGAGCGAUACAUGGUGUACAACGAUGCAGCAUGUCCACAUGUUAAAUUGCUUAUGUAACUGGAUUGAUGACGUCGACCAUGGUGGCUUAUUAUGAACUGACUACUCCACCUAGCCUCGUUGUGUAGUGCUAAGUGUAGAAGCCACUUCGGUGACGUUCGUAACGUGUUCUAAUCACGACAGCGUGUCCCAGUGUAAUGUCACUAACUGACCUAUUGUCGUCGCACGAACACAUGACCGGACCUCCUCAUUGUUAGUUGUCGCUGAAUGUCUACAACCCUUUAGAGAAAACGACGAUCAAACACAGAGUUGUUUAACACUUCAACUCAAAGAGGUCAUAUCUCACAAGCAUGAAACAAAACUGUUCUCAUCGACACAUUUUAGGUCCAACCCUUUACAUCCAAAUUAUCACGCAGGUGCCAAAGUUAGCUGAUAUUGGCAUAUUCUCAUCUGGCUUUCCAAAAUGUCGUCGACGGCGAACUCGAGUUAGUUGUGGUUUGAUUAAACAACUUUGUCUAACUGCGCUUCCAGAAUGAAACAGGGAAAUGUUUUGUGUUCUUACUCUACCCGAGGUGUUGGUGUACAGAAUCUUUAAGAUGAUAGCAAACUUCGCAAACACCCUUUAACAGACAAUCCCAGAGCACAGUUCUAUCCAACUAAUCGAAGUUGAUUCUGAUGUCGAGAAACAACCAUUGUUGGCUUGCGAUAAGUGUGUUCUAACAUUCAGUGAAGGGUGAAAAUGUGACUGCUACAUUCAUGAUUUUAUCAUAAACCAGUUUGCGAAAUAUGGUGUGAUUAAUGAUAAUCAUGUUCCGCCUGUUUUGCAACUUUACAUCUUAACCAUUUCUGAAAAACUAAAACUUAUGGUUUCCUUAUUGAUGGUGCAUCGGACUUUUCCACUUACCAAUUAUUAGAUUCGUUUUAUUAAUUGCUAAUUGUUAAUGGCUUUAAAUCUAAUUAGAUCCAGUCUUGUUGGUAAUCUUAUAACUUACACCUGACUGUCAUGUUUUUAAUAUAGUCCUUAAAAGUAGGAGGAAUUUUGCUGACUAAUAUUUGGCCGUAUCAUCAUGAAAUUGCUUGCACAUGGCGAAACACUUAAUUGACAUUGCUUAAUUUAGUCCAAAGGUCGAGUGCCUAAUCCGCCGAAAUAUGGAGAACUGUUUGAUAUGACUGUGAAUGUUCGUCAGCCUCAAUAACCGUCUAUUUCGACGGCCAUUUCUGCCUAGUGUAUGAGUAAGCUGAAAAAUAUUUACCAGCGACCAAACUCUUCCCUUAGAUCUUGCGUUUCACUACUAACUGAUACUUAUUAUGCUAUUAUUUUAUUCCUGGAACCAUAUUACCAGUCUUGCUAUCAGUGACACCUAUCUCGACUCUUGCUACUCUCUUUAUGGACUUCACCUCAUUGUUUUGAAAUGGUGUAACUCAUUGAACCGAAUCACACUUAUACUAUAUCCUUCGUUUUAUUAAAGGUAACUUAUGCCUAUAACUUACCCACUGUAGUGGUUUAACGGCAUAUAGGAUAUGUUUCUGGGACUUCAUUUGUUUCCAUUUUGUUUUAGAGUAUGAAUUGAUCUCAAGUAUGGAUUACGCCAAACUUAGUAGCUAUCGACACGCCGAUCCUUUAAAAGUACGUCAAGUUUGGGAUGCUUUUGGUGUACUUAAAUCCCACCGACUAGCAGUACCAGCAGACAAAAUUAGCAAAAUUCUUCGCAAAACAUUGGAUCUAAAAGAUGAUCAAAUAAGGUUACUCCUUGAUGAAAUUGAAGGUGAUGGACUAAUUGAAAAAAUAGAGCCUCCGUUCGGUAAAAAUGGUAUGGUUCGUUACCAGCUUCCUGACUUUUCAAAACAGCAUCCUAGAGGCAAACAUGAUUGGUAUUGCUUCCAGUGCCAUAGACCUGGUGAAGUUUUACGCUGUCUUGAUUGUUUCCGUGUAUAUCAUUCUGAUUGUGUUCAAGAAGCAUCUGGUCCUAAUAGUCCAUCAAGAAAGUCUAUGCGUUCACCAACUCUUCAUGAUGGGCAGGAAGAUAAUUUUACUUGUCCUGUAUGCGAAUCUCGACCGAAAUGUGAAUUCUCCCGCAAGCAGAUAAGGAAGCUAUUGGAAUUUGCAACCCAUCAAUUGAGGAAGCAGCCAUUGUGGAAAACAUUUAUUCAAGUUGGGUAUAAAGGUGAAAUAACAAAAAAUGAGUACCUUGUGUAUAAGUACACUGAUCUAGAGUUAUUGCAACGCAAGAUAAAAGAUGGUCGGUAUGCUGCUUUAGAGGAAUUUUCUAUGGAUGUACAAUUGCUUGUUCAUGAUGUCUGCAUUCUUCAUGGCCCUUAUAGUAAUCAAGCCGAUGAGAUACGAUUUUUCUUUCGAUCUGUUAAUACAGAAUUAAAUGAAAUCCAAUUGUGUACUGACUGUUAUAUCAACGCUAAGGCUCGUGUUACAGACUGGAUUAGUAAACCCUGCAAACCACGUCAUGAAUUGAUAUGGGCACGCAAUCGCACAUCAGCAGGGGCUGGCUUGUUCAACGAUACUUCAGUCUCUCAAUUCUAUUGGCCUGCAAAAGUUUUGUUGGAACGCGAUGACGGAUAUGAGAUACGCUUCUUUGGAGGCUCCCAUGAGCGGAUGUUCGUAAAGAAAGCCCAUACUCGUGCUUUUCACCUCCCAGCUGAUGAAGUUGGUGUACUUCGACGUUCAAACGCGACAGGUGCGAUCUCAGGUGGAGGAUUUGAACGAGCUUGGAAUGAAGUUAGUAAAUUACAAGCUAACAUCGAUAGUGGAUAUUACACACAUUCUUCUGGUGAAAGCGAUCUUCCCCCAUCUGAUGAUGAUUACUCUGACGAAAUGUAUCUUGGUCCGCGGCGUAAAACCGUCAUCCAGAGCCAACGUUCACACCGUGCAGAUAGUCCUAGAUCGUCUCUUACUUCUGGUAAUACCAAGGCUAACAAAAGGAGGCGUCACACUUCUUCAAGCAGUCAUCAAACUACUACUAGUGAUACUCCUACUGGUGGCUCACCCACUCGUGAUGUCUCACCAUGUACUCAUGGUGGCAAGCACUUCAGAACCCAUGGUCUCUUGCUUAAUUCACACACCGAUCUUACUGACAAAAGAUUGGCGAGUAAUCGUCUUCCAAUGCCGGUUGUUCAACCCGGUACUCCGGGCGCUGCAGCUAUAUCCGCCUUAGCAGAGACAAAAGCAGCUAUGGCAGCUGCAGUUGGGUCUGGUCGUAGGCCCGCUGGAUCAUUUACUGCUGACCUCUUAUCUUUAACUCAUCGUGAGCAUGAUAAACCUUAUCGAAAACAAUCAAAAGAAAAUCAUUCAAACGUUCCGAUACGUGGUCAACGGGGUCGAGGGAGACCCCCUCUCCGAGAUAGCAAGGGAAGACCUAUUCGGCGGCGUAAAUACCGAAGUUCGUCUUCAUCAUCCCAUCCUUCAGAUAGCCCAUCUUCAUCUGUUUCAUCAGGUUCCUUGUCAGGAGUAGAUGUUCCUCGCACCGCAAAUAAUAGUUCUCAAAACAACUGGUGUUCUAAUUCCUCUACUGAUUGGAAAGUUAAAAAGACUGAAAUGCCACGUCGUGGACGUCCACCUAAAUCUAGAGGUCGUGUAAAAGCUGUUAACGAUGUUGUUCGUUCAAGUUGGUGUUCACCAACAGCUGAGAGUUCAGAUGCUGAAGGCAAUUCAGAAUUGUGGACGAAAUCGGGUUCUUCAAGUGUUAUAAAACCUAGUCCAACUCGAGGACGACCGAAGUUAGCUGCCUCAAAUAACUCUCUUAAUCGUAUUGAAGAUGCUAAAAGAAAACGGUUAACGAUUCCAAAUAAAACUUCGACUCAAGAUACAGCGAAUUCCGGAGGUAAACGUUCUAAAAGGUAUUCCAAACAAAUGGAUAGUUUUGGUAAUGUUCGAGAUGAAGAUGACGAGCUAACUGACCGAUGUGAUUCUCCCAUUGGAAACGACAGUCAGAAUUUGAGGCACUCGAAUAACUAUCGUUGGCAUUCGCAUCAUUCAUCAAGUGUUUACAACACAUCGGGUACACCUGUUUCUUCAAUGAGAAAAUCUGGAACUAAUGAUUCGAGUAUCCAUAAAACAUCACCAUCUAAGAAGGCAUCUACUGCUAAACAGCGUUCUUCUCAAUCUAGCAAUUAUAGUACAUGCUCUUCACCCUCUUCUUCUGAUAUGGAUGACAACGAUGAAAGUGGACGCAGACAUCGUAAUAUUGUCAAAGUUGACGAUGAAGAUGAUGACCGUAGAUUCCGUAGUCCAACUCGUAGUGGUUCAAGCAACAAGGAUAGAACUUCUGGAGCAAGCAGUACAAUGUUACGUCGACCACCAUUCGCUCCUCCUUUGAGUACAUCUGGAUCCAUUAGUAAUUUGAACGCUACUAAUGAUCGAAACAGUCUAUCUACUGCUACAAACUUAUUUUCUAAUACUGGCCAAAAUCUUUUUUCUCCAUGCAAUGAUUCUGUUGUUACAAUAAAUUCUUCAGUGAAUUCAGGAACUUCAUCCACUAAUAACAGACUAAGUGGUUCCGUUCAUCCUACUACAUCUAAUGCUAAUCUUUCUUCACAUUUUAUAUCUUCAGGUGCCUUGUCUAGCAAUUCAAAUAAUGUUGCCACUACUCCCGGAAUGUCUACUCUCCCACGUUCACACUUACCGCCAAAUAAACGUGCUGCUGCUGCAGCUACAGCAGCAGCUCUAAACAGAGACUCAGUUGGAGGAGGAGUAAAUGAUGUUUCAAAUGAAACUAAUCAACGUCAAGCUUCUGUGAAAAGUCCUGAACUUUCUGUGACAUCCUCUCCGAGAAAACAACUUCAUAAAGGAAUCCAGACCCCAGCCAGUAUGGAAAUACCGAUAUUAUCUCAACAACCAUGUUCACAGUGUAAAGAACGUGAAGCAGAACGGUUGGCUGCAGCUAAUGAUACUAAAAGAGCUUUGCGAGAACUUGAAGAAAAACUCAUAGCUCAAUUUAAAGAAGAGAAAGCUACCGCUUUACAUUCAGCUCUUGAACAAGCUCAAGCCAGUGCUCGUGAGGCUAUUGAACAUGAACGUAAAUUAGCUCAUGAUACUUUGGAAGCUGCUGAGGCAAGAUUUGCAGAAGUUAUUGUUCAGACUAAACGUCGACAGUGGUGUCGUAAUUGUCUUAUAGAGGCUAUCUAUCAUUGUUGUUGGAAUACUUCGUACUGUAGUACACAAUGCCAACAGGAACAUUGGCAAAAAGAACAUAAACGUCAGUGUCGUAGAAAACGAUGAUUUUCAAUGAUACUCAUACCUUAUAUAUAUAUAUAUCAAUCUUGUAUAUAAUCUUGUUAUUUUGUCUAUUCCACAUACAUGUACAUUACUUUUACCCUUGUUAUAAUUAUAAUCUCUGAUUAUGCCACAUCAAUAAUUGUUACGUUUUUUUUCGAUUUCUGUUUAUUUGUUAUUCACAAUCAUGAAUAUAGUCAAUUUCUUUACCCCAUCCCCAAGAAAGAAAAGCAUUUCAGUAAUUUUUCACUUCAAAUCUUUCCGUUUCUCAAUAUAUAUAUAUAUAUAUGUGUGUAUAGGCAGCUGUUCAUUUCCGAUUAUCCUUUCUUAUAAUAUACAAAUUAAUUAAAUCGUAAUAAUUCAGCUUUAAAAAUAAAGUCGUACAUUGCAUAGCCACUAUUAAUAUACUCGUUUGUGUUUAUGUGUGUAUGAUCUAUUUUCAAUUUACUUUCUUCUAACUUGCGUUUACUUAAAAUUGUAGUCUGAUUGUGACUGCUUUUUUAUUCUUGUAUUAUAGUCGUUUUAAUUUCUUUUCUCAUCGUUAUAUUUAUUUAUUUAAAUAUAACUUUUCAUGUUAUUAUGUAUGAAAGAAUAAACUUGGUAGUUUAAUUUCUUUACGUUUUAACUUAAUUCUGCUAUUUUAGUCCCUACAUGGGUGUUGAUGUUUUUUCUCGAAUCAGCUUAGUAAAAAACAUCUCACUUUGUCAACAUAGGUUAGAAUAUAUAUACUCAUUACUUACUUACUUACGCCUGUUACUCCCAAUGGAGCAUAGGCCGCCGACCAGCAUUCUCCAACCCAUUCUGUCCUGGGCCUUCUUUUCUAGUUCCAUCCAAUUCUUGUUCAUUUUUCUAAUGUCUAUUUCCAUUUCCCGGCGUAAUGUGUUCUUUGGUCUUCCUCUUUUCCUUUGGCCUUUACGAUUACAUGUGAGGGCUUGUCUUGUGACGCAGUUGGGUGCUUUCCUCAAUGUUUGUCAUAUCCACUUCUAGUGCUUCUUCCUGAUUUCUUCCUCCACUGGGAUCUGGUUUGUUCUCUCCCACAGUACGUUGUUGCUGAUAGUGUCUGGCCAACGGAUCAGAGGUAUUUUGGGUAGACAACUGUUAAAUAUUUGUAUCUUCUGGAUGAUGUCUUUCGUAAUUCUCCAAGUUUUCACCCCAUACAGUAGAACUGUCUUGACAUUUGUAUUGAAAAUCCUGACCUUGGUGUUGGUUGACAGUUGUUUUGAGUUCCAGAUGUUCCUCAGUUGUAAAUAUGCUGCUCUUGCUUUGCUAAUCCGCGCCUUCACAUCUGCAUCAGAUCCACCCUGUUCAUCAAUGAUGCUGCCCAAAUAUGUAAAGGUUUUUACAUCUUCCAAAUCUUCUCCGUCAAUUGUGAUUGGAUUGAUGCAUGCUGUGUUGUAUCGGAGAAUCUUGCUUUUCCCUUUGUGUAUAUUGAGACCUACUGCUGCUGAGGCUGCUGCCACACUGUUCGUCUUCUCUUGCAUUUGUUGUUGCGUUUCGGAUAGAAGGGCCAGAUCAUCUGCGAAGUCUAGGUCAUCCAACUGCAUCCUAGAUGUCCAUUGUAUCCCAUGCUUCCCUUCAGACGUUGACGUCUUCAUGAUUCAGUCGAUCACCAGGAGAAAGAGAAAGGUUGAGAGUAAGCAACCUUGCCUGACACUGGUCUUUACUUCGAACGACUUUGUCAACUGUCCUCCAUGCACGAUUUUGCAGUGUAAUCCACCAUAUGAAUUCUGUAUGAUAGUGACUAUCUUCUGAGGCACACCGUAGUGUCGAAGAAGCUUCCAUAGUGUUGUUCUGUCCACGCUAUCAAAUGCUUUUUCGUAGUCAAUGAAGUUGAUGUAGAGUGAUGAAUUCCAUUCAAUUGAUUGUUCCACAAUGAUCCGUAGAGUUGCGAUUUGGUCUGUACACGAUCUAUCCUUACGGAAUCCUGCCUGUUGGUCACGAAGUUGGACGUCUACGCAGUCCUUCAUCCUGUUUAACAAUACCCUGUUGAAGACUUUUCCCGGUAUUGAGAGAAGAGUGAUGCUCCUGUAGUUUUCACAGUUGCUGAGAUCUCCUUUCUUCGGUAUUUUGAUCAGAAGUCCUUCUUUCCAGUCUUUUGGUACUUGUUCUUCAUCCCAAAUCUUAUUGCAGAGAAUGUGGAGUAUCGUUGCAGUUGCCGCUACGUCUGCUUUCAGUGCCUCUGCUGGAAUGUUGUCUGGUCCUGCUGCUUUGCCACUCUUGAUUUGUCUGAUGGCCAUGCUGAUUUCUUCAAUUGUUGAUGGGCCAACACUGAUUGGGUGAUCCGUGGGUGCUGCUUCGAUAUUGGGUGAGUUCAGUAGGGCCGGUCGAUUCAGGAGUUCAUUGAAGUGUUCUACCCACCUGUUUUGUUGUUGUUCAAUGUUGGUGAUUACCUCACCUUCCUUGCCUUUCACUGGUCGUUCUGGUUUGCGGCGAUUUCCAGAGAGUUUCUUUGUCGUGUCAUACAGUUGUCUCAUGUUUCCUCUUGCAGCCUUUUCCGUCAAUGUUAGAUCUUCCACAUAUUUACGUUUGUCGGUUCUGAUGCUCCUCUUCACUUGUUUGUUUACUUCUGUGUAUUCAGCUUGUGCCUUGGUUUUUUCUGCUCUUGUUCGACUGGUAUUGAUUGCUGCCUUCUUGUUCCUCCUUUCUUGAAUCUUAUCAAGUGUAUCAUAUCAGUGUUUUAUUCGGUGACUUGAUUUGCGUUGCUUUUUUACUAUGUCAUCCAUGUCCAUUAUAAUAGAUUCAUUGUACUUCAAAUCUUUUUAAUAAUUUUGUUUGUUCUAAAUCUUUUAUAAUAAGCAUCUAGCAAGUAUUAGACCUGUUAAUUAUUGUUCGGUUUCAGCGAAAUAGUAUGAAGAAUAAUUGUCAUUGAAUAUUAAGCAUUCUUUUUUAUUUAGCGCUUAUUGUCCAAGAUUUUUGAUUUUAUAUAUUUUGUUUAUUCAUUUUUUUCUCGUUACCUAGACCCCAGCCAGUAUGGAAAUACCGAUAUUAUCUCAACAACCAUGUUCACAGUGUAAAGAACGUGAAGCAGAACGGUUGGCUGCAGCUAAUGAUACUAAAAGAGCUUUGCGAGAACUUGAAGAAAAACUCAUAGCUCAAUUUAAAGAAGAGAAAGCUACCGCUUUACAUUCAGCUCUUGAACAAGCUCAAGCCAGUGCUCGUGAGGCUAUUGAACAUGAACGUAAAUUAGCUCAUGAUACUUUGGAAGCUGCUGAGGCAAGAUUUGCAGAAGUUAUUGUUCAGACUAAACGUCGACAGUGGUGUCGUAAUUGUCUUAUAGAGGCUAUCUAUCAUUGUUGUUGGAAUACUUCGUACUGUAGUACACAAUGCCAACAGGAACAUUGGCAAAAAGAACAUAAACGUCAGUGUCGUAGAAAACGAUGAUUUUCAAUGAUACUCAUACCUUAUAUAUAUAUAUAUCAAUCUUGUAUAUAAUCUUGUUAUUUUGUCUAUUCCACAUACAUGUACAUUACUUUUACCCUUGUUAUAAUUAUAAUCUCUGAUUAUGCCACAUCAAUAAUUGUUACGUUUUUUUUCGAUUUCUGUUUAUUUGUUAUUCACAAUCAUGAAUAUAGUCAAUUUCUUUACCCCAUCCCCAAGAAAGAAAAGCAUUUCAGUAAUUUUUCACUUCAAAUCUUUCCGUUUCUCAAUAUAUAUAUAUAUAUGUGUGUAUAGGCAGCUGUUCAUUUCCGAUUAUCCUUUCUUAUAAUAUACAAAUUAAUUAAAUCGUAAUAAUUCAGCUUUAAAAAUAAAGUCGUACAUUGCAUAGCCACUAUUAAUAUACUCGUUUGUGUUUAUGUGUGUAUGAUCUAUUUUCAAUUUACUUUCUUCUAACUUGCGUUUACUUAAAAUUGUAGUCUGAUUGUGACUGCUUUUUUAUUCUUGUAUUAUAGUCGUUUUAAUUUCUUUUCUCAUCGUUAUAUUUAUUUAUUUAAAUAUAACUUUUCAUGUGUUGUACAGUACUAUCUAUUCAUUUGUAUACGAUUGAUGUGUUGAAUAGACGUAUUUUCAAUUAUCUUCUAUUAGAAAUCACUGAUACAUAUCAAAUACAAUGAAGUUUUCAAGAGUUUCUUAAUAAUUUAAUCAUAAUUUUUCAUUAUCUUAAUUGUUAAACUUUUGUGCUUUAUUCAAUCUGAAUUAAGUUAUUUCUUUUUCAAAAAUGACACUUUCUACACAUUUUAGCGGGCGUCGUAUUGUAUUGUUCACUUCUGAUAAAUACUGGUGUUUCACAUCUAUACAAAUAUACAUAUAUAUAUAUUGAUCAACUGUGUUCAUAUCUUCAUUGUUUUGGUUAGAAUGAAUAAUCAAGGUUGUUGAUAACGUUAGAUUUUAGUUAACUUUCAUUAAAGUGUGAAUAAGUUGUGUCAUUUGAUAAUAGUCUGAGCUUUUUGGUCUUUCAGCAUGCCUACAAUUGAAGAAUUAAAAAAUAAUAAAGUGGAUUCUUCAAUAGAAAACAAAAAUUCUAAUUUACGGAAAUUAUUAUUAGAGGAUACUCUUGAUGUUGCUCCUAUUGGUCUAACAUUCUGUUUUGAUCGUGAAUCAUUUCUAAAUGAUGACUUUAAACCGGACGAUUUUAUUUUGGAGCAACAUUGUCGUGGGAUAUCAUUAGAAAAACUUCGUGAUGAUCUUCUUCAAUAUUCUAAUAUUCUUAAGUCCAGUUUAAUUGAAUUGAUCAAUCAAGAUUAUGCUGAUUUUGUAAGUCUAUCAACAAAUCUUGUUGGUUUGGAUAAAUCAAUUGAUACAAUUGUCACACCAUUGAAACAACUACAAUCUUAUGUAUCGUCAGUCCUUGAUGAACUUGAAUCUACUGAUCAAGAACUAUCAGCUAAGUUGAAAUCUCUUCAGCAUAUAAAAAAUGAAAAGGAUUAUGCAGAUAGUUUAUUCACAUUGGAUGCAUGUGUGUCGCGUUUAGAACGUUGGCUAACACAAUCAAAUCAACCAUCAGUGAAUAAAGAACAAACUAAUGAUCAAUUAGAUCAUAAAUCUAAUAACAUCAUGUUAGGUGACAGUGAUAAUAAUGAAAAUGAGACGUCAAAAGGUAUUAAUAAUGAUGGCGAUGAAAACGAAUUAGAUAUAUGGCCGCCUGAAUUCUAUGCUGAUUGUUCUCUUCAUGAAGAUAUUGGACAACGUAUGGAUCGAAUUGCUAAUGAAUACAUUAAACUUCAAUUUUUCAAUAAAAAGUGUCGUGGUCAUCCAAUUUUAAAUUCAUUAAAACCACGUAUUAAUUGGAUUACAAUAAAUCUUCAAGAACAAUUAGAGAUACGUUUAAAGGAGAGUUUUAAUGCAUGUUGUUUAACAGUAAUUAAUACAAAUGUUGAUUGUACAAUACCGAAACAUUCUAUUGAACAAUUAAGACGAGUUAUUUCUACAUAUUUGGCUAUUGAUAAAUUAUCUGAUUUAUUGACACUAUAUCGUAAAUUUGUACUUCAUGAUCAACUUAGCCAGAUAUUUACUCCUCGACCUGAGUUGACUCAUGCAGGUUCUGAUACUGCAAUAGCUUCUGAGACUUUGAACUCGAUGUACACCAGAGCACUGAAAGUUCUUGAUUCACAAAUUUAUUAUGUGAAAGAACAGAUCAUUAAAUGCUCACCUGAAGGCUCUGAACCUUUAUCGGAUUUCGAUUGUUUAGUCGGUGGAUUUUGGCCUGAAACAAUUGAUCUUAUCUGUAAUAAUCUACCGGAAAUAUUUUCUCCAGGUCAUCCAGACAGAUUCUAUUCAUUAUAUACUGUUAGCAUGGAUUUUAUUAAAACGGUUGAAACAAAAACCUGGUCAAAUAAACAACUUGUCAAUUUACGCAAUCAUCCAUCUUAUUCAAUGUUUAGAAAUAAAUGGAGUUUACCAGUUUACUUUCAAAUCAGGUUCCAAGAAAUAGCUGCAAAUGUUGAAAACGCUAUGAAGAAAGGUCUGAUAGAGAUUAAAGAAAGUCAAAAACUAUGUUUAAUUGAAGUUACUGAAGUUGUUAUCUGUCAAUUGAAUCGUUGUUGGGAAGAAGGAAUUUAUUUAGAUAAGUUGAUCCAUAGAUUUUGGAAAUUAACUCUACAAAUAUUAAGCCGUUAUUCAAGUUUUAUUGAUGAACAAAUAAAAUCUGUCCAAGAGAAUAACGCUACUGCAAGUCAAUCGUCUGAUUCAAUUUUAUUGACAAAAUCAACUGAUUACUUUCCUGAAUUGUUAAUAUACUUUUUUGUCGAUUGUCUUCGAUUGGUUGAUUAUGUUCGCUUAGAAUUGAAGGGGGAAAUUUUAACUCGUCUCAACCAACGCCUGGUUACACAAACAAUGGACAACGAUAGUAAUGAUGACACUGUGAACUAUGAAACUAUAUUAAGUGAGUGUUUGGAGCAGUCAUGUGAACGUUUAAUUGCAUCGAUCAGUUCAAUAAUGGAUCUUAUCGUUCAAAAAAUUCAACAAAACUGUUCAAAUAGUAUUCGCCAAGUACUAGACAUACCGCGUCAAUAUCGUUGGACUAAUCGAGAGUUUCCUUCUAAUGCAUCUUCAUAUGUAUCAAACAUUAUACAUCCUUUAAUGAAACUCGAUGGUUUAGGAUUACGUUUAUCUCAAUCAGUCCCUAACGCUCAACCAUUUUUAUCUACUUUAAUAAAGAAAUGCAUCACAACUGUUACUCAUGACUAUACAGCUCAACUAUCAGAAGUGUCUACAUCAGUGCGAAAAAUGGAAGAUAGUAUACGGCGAUUACGUGAAGUUAGACGUAGUAGUUCCCAAAUUUUCAACCAACCUCAAUCUGUCAAUGGUAGUAGUGGAUUUCACUCAGAUGAUAAAAUUCGUCAUCAAUUGUACUUGGAUGCUAAAGCAUAUAUUGAUGAAGUAAGGAAGUUUUGGAGUUUAGAUCGAGAUUAUACAUGUGAGUUGGACGAUUUUAUGGAACAAAUAGACACAAUUCGAACGGAACCAAAUGUCUCCAUUAUGAAUACUAUUCCAG